GCACUGUAUAUUUUUUAAACACAGGUCGCCACUGUGAGGUUCAUCAGAUGAUUGGGAACUACAUGUGGGAUCCCAAAACAAACAAAUCGUUCGACAUUGGGGUCAACAAGGACAGCUUGAUGCCCCUCUGGUGGAAUGGAUCAGAGCCAUUGUGGAUCACUAUGACCAAGGCAAGACGGAAGGUAUCCAUGUAUUACUGGCCAGGCUGUGAGGUUGAAAUCCUUGGUGUCAGACCUUCUUACUGUCUAGAAUAUAAAAAUGUCCCAACGGAUACCGAUUUCGCCAAUGCGGUCCAUGAUGCUAUUAUCUCUUUAAAGAAUGGCAAAACAGAUAUGGCUGCUAUCUAUUAUGAACGCAUUGAUGUGGAAGGACAUCAUUAUGGUCCUUCAUCGAAUCAGACAAAAAAUGCCCUCGAAGCUCUGGAUACAGUCCUACUACAUAUGACCAUGUGGAUCCAGGAAUGGGGGCUGGAUUAUGAGCUAAAUGUCAUUCUCUUCUCGGAUCAUGGAAUGACUGACAUUUUCUGGAUGGACAAAGUGAUUGAACUGAAGGAACACAUCAACUUGACGGAUCUGCUACAAAUGAAGGACCAGGGUCCUGUUGUGAGCCUCUGGCCAGCACCUGGGAAAUAUUCCGAGGUGUUUAACAAACUGAAGCUGGUGGAACACAUGACCGUUUAUGAGAAAGAGGCAAUUCCUAGCAGGUUUCAUUAUAAGAAUGGCAAGUUUGUGUCUCCUCUGACAUUGGUGGCUGAUAAAGGAUGGUUCAUCACCCAGGAAAGAGAAAAGCUCCCCUUCUGGAUGAACAGAACAGGGAAGCGGGAAGGCUGGCAACGUGGAUGGCAUGGCUAUGACAAUGAGCUCAUGGACAUGAGAGGGAUCUUCCUGGCCUAUGGCCCUGAUUUCAAGUCCAACUUCAGAGCGGCUCCAAUCAGAGCAGUUGAUGUUUACAAUGUUCUGUGCAAGGUGGCAGGAAUCAAACCACUGCCCAACAAUGGCUCCUGGUCCCGAGUGGCGUGCAUGCUAAAAAGCCAGCCCAGUGUGGCCCAUUUGGUUCAGCCAAGCAGCUGUGCCCUAGCGUUCCUUCUCUUGUUCCUGUUUGUAUAACAGAUCUGGUGUCUUGGGUCUCAAAACAAAGCCAGUCAGUGUUUCUCCAAAGAGGAAAGUUGUUUUUUCUUUCUCUCCCUUUGUAUUUGAAUAAUAGCUUCAUUAACAGAAAAGGCUAGAUAAACAAUACAUGGAACAUUUAUGAAAUUAUUAUAUACACACUCUUUUCCACACAAUUUAUUUUCUAUUAUUUUUAAGACACUUUUUUUUUGCCUGAAAGUAGAGAGCACCUCAGUGGUCUCUAAGUCAUUCAACUCUUAACCACUUGCCCUUCACACCAAGAAACUCAGGAGACUAUAACCAGCUGGGCAAACGUCUUGGCAUUUUGUCAACCAGACUUGACAUCUGGACUGACUGUUUCUGUCUCCUUGGCCCUUCUCUGCCAAGUUUUCUUACAAAGUGGUACCUCCCAGGCCAGUUUGAACCUGUGUCAAGCUCAUAUGCAAGGCCAAUAGCUGGUAUUCACAUCUAUAAUAUAAUAAUCUUUUCCAUGCAAUAUCAGAUGGGGUGUAGGUCAAUGACAAUUACUUUCUCAUGCUCCUAAUUCAACUGAAAGGGAAAUUGUUCCUACCAGAUCCUUCCACACAGGGUGCUCCUUUAUAUGGGUCCUUUUGCCCAUAAUUUAGGGAGAAUCCCAAAGCAAAGCCAAGUGAUAGGUCUAUCCAGAGACUGAAUGUAUCAAUCCCUUUAGUCAAAUUUGAGCUCCCAUGAAGCAUUGAAAUAUAACAGCUCCCUCCAUAGUACUGAUCCUUGUUCAGAGUAAACACUGGAUAGAGACUUGUUUGUAUUUGAGCACUUGUUUGAGGGCAAUUCCAUGAAGGUACUUAUUUUUUUAAAAGACUGGUUCUGGGGUCACCUGGGUAGCUCAGUGGAUUGAGAGCCAAGCCAAGAGAUGGGAGAUCCUAGAUUCAAAUCUGUCCUCAGACACUUCCCAGCUGUGUGACCCUGUGUAAGUCACUUGACCCCCAUUGCCUAGCCCCUACCACUCUUCUGCCUUGGAACUGAUACACAGUAUUGAUUCUAGGACAGAAGGUAAGAGUUUAAAAAAAUAAUAAAAAAAAAGACUGGUUCCUCCCUAGAAUUUGAUUUGCUAAGUAAGAGAUGAUGUUAUUCCAGGGUAGGAAAUGAUAUAGCAAGUCACGAAUGCACAACUGUAUUACCGAAUAACUCACAUGAAUAGCAUUCUUUUUUUUAAGCUUCCACUAGAUAUCAAUAAUUUUAUCCAGAAACAUUUAUUAAGUGCCAACUGUAUGCAAGUGCGAGGCAGCAUGAGUAGGUGAUAAAGAGCUGGCUUUAUAGCCAAGAAGACUUAAGGUCAAAUCUUGUCUAUGACACAUAUUGGCUAACAGGGAAGUAAGUCACUUAGCUCUUGGAGCCCAAGGCAACUCUAAGACUAUGUUCCUGAGAAAGUGCCAACCUUUAUUGGUAAUUUCUUCACCAUUUUAGUGAAAUCCCAGGUCCAGUCCCUAGCUCUUCUAUGUGCCAGGCACUGCGGAUAUAGUGGGAGACAAAGUAUGCAUUGUGGAAGAUAAACUGUGGAAGACAAAAGUUUACUUUUUAAAUCACCCAGGUUUAUACAAGUCCUGUAACAAUCCAGAAUGGGGAAGACACAACAAGUGCAUGUUGGCUAUUCCCCAAAUCAUCCCUUAAUUACUCAAUAAAACAUGCCAAACUCACUUGGGGCCCAACUUCUUUGCAAAUCUCCCAAAUUUGAUGGAACAGGGAACACUCUUCUUGUGUAACAGAUCUAAUUCCAGGAGUCCCCAAACUCCAAGACUUAGUGGAGCAGAUAACAUUGAGCCUGAGUGGAAAACUUUGAUUGUCUUCUAACAAUUUACUUCUAGAGAACUAAAGAUGAAUAAAAAAGGGCCUCACUGGGCAUUUUCAAAUGCCAGCAGCAACACGGUUCUAUCUCCUUGUAUAAGAGCCACGUGACUGUGCCAUAAACUGAGCCCAUCCAAGAAAGAGACUUUUCAUCUGGCACUGGCCAGCCAUAAGAUGCCUCAGGAGAACUCAGCUUGGAAGACACAUCUUCCUCCUCCUCCCAAAUCAAGUGGGCUGGGGGUUGUCUUUAUGCCAUGAGUUAUGAGGUUAAAGAAUCAUAGCUUUAAAAAAAAUGAAAUUAAUCUUGACAAAGGACUUCUGUAAUCUCAGUAAAGUUUUUUGUAAUAUAUUUUUAAAGCUCUAGCAAACCACCAAAUCAACUGGAAUGAAGGCAAAUCAACCUUUGUUGUCUGGAUUUAUUUAUUUUGGGGACUAGAUCUGUGAUAUUAAUGGUAUAGGUUACUCUCAAUGCAGAAACCCCCUCCACCAAUGCUGGUCAGUAUCAUCAUUGGAGGAUUAAGAGGUUCAAAGGCAGGGGCAGCUGGGUAGCUCAGUGAAUUGAGAGCCAGGUCUAGAGAUGGGAAGUCCUAGAUUCAAAUCUGGCCUCAGACAUUUCCUAGAUAUGUGACUCUGGGCAAGUCACUCAGCUCCCAUUGGUCAGCCCUUCCCAAUCUUCUGCCUUAGAGCCAAUAUGUAGUAUUAAUUCUAAGACAGAAGGGAAGGGUUUUUUUUUUUAAGGCUCAAUGAUUCCCCCAACAUCACACACCUACAUGGGUGUGUGUCAGACAUGGGACUUGAACACUGAACUUCUCUAUAGAAAGGCUAACUUUCCCUCCACUUUACCAUGCUGUCUCUUGUGUUCCCUGGAUAUUGGGAAUAAAGGGCGUUUUAAUGCUUUGAAAA